UAUAUAUAAGAAACACAGAAUACUGUAUAUAUGUGUCACAUAAAAUAUAAAAAGUGUUCGAGUUUGUUUCGUUGCUAAAAAAUAUCUGAAAUAUCUGAACAUCUUUAAAAUUUUAUAAAAUUAAUUUGAGAAAUUGGAUGAAAAUUUGUUGCUGAACACCAUGAAGAUCAAUGAGAAGAACAUGGUGGCGUUUGCUACAUCAGCAACACCCAUAGACCGUGAAGGCUGGUUGAACAAACGCGGUGAAGUCAAUCGUGGGUAUCAAAGACGCUGGUUUGUCCUGAAAGGAAAUAUAUUGUUCUACUUUGAUCGACGUGGGGACAAGGAACCAAUGGGUAUGAUUGUGUUGGAAGGCUGUACAAUUGAAUUAGCAGAGGAUGAGGAGCAGUUUGGCUUCAAGAUAGUCUUUCAUGGCUUGAACAACAGAAACUAUGUCCUAGCAGCAGAAUCUCAGGAAUCUAUGGAGCAGUGGAUGAAGGCAUUGGCCUGUGCCAGUUACGAUUACAUGAAGUUGAUGGUGACGGAGCUGCAACGUCAGUUGGAUGCUGUAGAAGAAGAAACUGCAUCUGUACCACAGACUCAACAAAAUUCUCCUAAAGCUCCACCAAGGCAACGGCACAAUCCAUUUAAUAGGUCAGAUCAUCAUCAUCGGUCUCAGAGCGUCAGGUCAGCGCCUGGGAGGACAGAGAAUAUACCUAGGACCAAGAUCACUUUUCGUGAACUUCACACAGCAUAUGGCAGACGAAUUCUGGCCGAUUUGAACGCGUGGAGAUACGCGAGGAAAACUACAGAAGCGCCUCUAAUUACUCUGUAACUCUAAGCACAUGUUUUGUAAAUUGUUUGAACGAAUGUAUGAAUCUGGAACAACGAACCACGUGAGAAGUAUUAGCUUAGCAUAGGUAGACAAAGGACUUUUAGUGUUUAUGUAUGCAAGUAACACACACACAUAUAUAUAUAUAUAUAUAUAUAUAUAUAUAUAUAGAGAG